GUCAACAACGACCAGCGCUCGAAAGCGCCAUCUGCGUUCUAAAAAUAAAGUUGUCAUUUUCGUCUCGCUAAAUGUACAACCAAUUUAAAGACAACAACUUUGAAAUCCACAAGACAUUUAAUUUUCGAGCGGAAGUCAUCCCAUCUGAACCCCGAGCCAUAUUUCUUAAACACACUACAGGUAUCUUGAUUGAUAAAGAGGAAAAAUGAGUGAUGUCCAAGAAUAUCCAGAAGUAUUUCAAGAAGUCCGUGGGGCAUUGAACCCUGGUCGACUGAAAUUACAAAGUAAUAGUGUUACAUUUAAAAACAUUAAAACUGGAAAAGUAGAUCAGUAUCAGAGUUCUGAUAUUGAAGCUGUUCAUUGGCUGAAAAGGGCGAGGGGAAACUGUUUGAAGAUGCUUCUAAAUAAUGGUACGAUACACAGAUAUGAUGGCUUUAAAGAAAUGGAAUUUGAGAGACUUGCAUCAUUUGUAUCAAAGUAUUAUAACAGUGAACUUGAAAAAGUGGAUAUAGCCAUGAAAGGAUGGAAUUGGGGGCAAGCAGAUUUUGUUGCUAAUGCGUUAAAUUUUAAAAUUGACAACCAUUUGGCUUUUGAAAUACCACUUGGUAAUGUGUCUCACUCUACUAAUACAAAAAAUGAAGUUACUUUGGAAUUUCAUCAAAAUGACGAUGCUGCAGUUUCUUUGACAGAAUUAAGAUUUCACAUUCCAACAGAUCCAAAUACAGAAGUUGAUACUGUUGCGGAGUUCUAUGAGAAGGUUCUAGCUAAAGCUGAUAUUAUACAGGCUACUGGCGAUGCUGUUGUUACGUUUACAGAAGUACAAUGUCUUACACCUAGAGGUCGAUAUGAUAUUAAGUUGUAUCCUACGUUUUUACAAUUGCAUGGUAAAACAUUUGAUUAUAAAGUUCCUUACACGACAGUUCUACGAUUAUUUUUACUACCACAUAAAGAUAGCAGACAGAUGUUCUUUGUGGUGAGUUUAGAUCCUCCAAUAAAACAAGGUCAAACAAGAUAUCAUUUUCUUAUCCUAUUAUUUAAUAAAGAAGAUGAAAUGACCGUGGAGUUGGGUAUGACAGAAGAAGAACUAAAGGAGAAGUAUGAUGGUAAAUUAAAUCCAGAGAUGCAUGGAUUAGAAUAUGAAGUGGUCAGUAAAAUAUUUAAAGCCAUUACACAAAGGAAAAUAACUGUUCCUGGAUCAUUUGAAGGUCAACAAGGAACAAGAUGUGUCAGUUGUUCAUAUAAAGCAGCCACCGGUCUACUGUAUCCAUUAGAAAGAGGUUUUAUAUUUGUACAUAAACCACCACUACAUAUCAGAUUUGACGAAAUUAACUGUGUAAAUUUUGCUAGAGGAUCCGGCAACACUCGUUCAUUUGAUUUUGAAAUAGAGACUCUAUCAUCAAGUGUAUACCAUUUUGUUGGUAUUGAAAAAGAUGAAUAUGGUAAAUUAUUUGAUUUUGUUUCUUCAAAGAAAUUACGAGUGAAGAAUAUAGAUAAAAACAAAAGUGGUAAAGGUGCAAAUGCUGGUACAGGUGCAAUGUCUGGUAGUGAUGAGGAAGGUGGUGAUCAUGAUGCCUAUCUGGAAAGAAUGAAGGCUGAAGGAAAACAAAGACAAGAUGAUGAUGAAGAUGAUGAUACAGAUAGCUCGGAUGAAUCCUUCAAUCCUGGUGAAAGUGGAAGUGAAGUUGCUGAAGAAUAUGACAGUAAUCCACCAACUACAGAUUCAGAAGAUUCAGAUGAAGAGAGUGACUCAGAACCAUCAGAAGCCAAGAAAGCUAGAAAAGAGCAAAAACAAAAGGAAAAAGCUGAGAAAAAUGAGAAGAAAAAAGCAAAAGAAAAAAAGAGAUCAAAGUCUGCCAAAACAGUUUCUGAGGGAGGCAAAAGGAAAUCUAAGAAGAAAUCCAAAAGAGAAAAGGGUCAGCCAAAACGACCUCAGUCAUCUUACUUCUUAUGGUUAAAUGAAAAUCGUGAAAAAAUCAAGGAAGAUAAUCCUGGUAUUUCAAUAACAGAAGUCAGUAAAAAGGCAGGAGAGUUGUGGAAGAAAGUUACUGAUAAAACGAAAUGGGAGAAAUUGGCAGAAGAGGCUAAAAAAGAUUAUGUAAAGGCUAUGGAACAAUGGAACAAUAGAGAAAUUUCUGAGGGUGGUAGUGAUGAAGGAGAUGGAAAAGAUUCUAGUCCGAAGAAAAGUAAAAAAUCUAAUUCAUCACCAUCGAAGAAAGCGAAUGAAAGUCGAGCUGGUGCUGGUGUUGCUUAUAAAAGUAAAGAAUUUAUUUCAAGUUCUGAUACAUCAGGAGAAGAUAAACCCAAAAAGAAAAAAUUACGUAAAGAUGGUAGCGAAAGUGAAAAAGAGUUACCAUCCGAACCUGAUGAAGCAACCCCAAACACUUCAGAAGAUUCUGGACAUUCUGGUAAAUCAGGCUCUGAGUCUGGCUCAGAUUAAAGUGCUACAAACUGUUACUACAACUCAUAAACUAAAUCAGUUAAAUCUUCUCUCUGUAUAGACCAUAUCACGCCAUAUCACGUUUUCUGUUUGUGCCAUUGUUAUUAGGUUUAUACUUCGUAAUGAUGACUUUAUGGCUUAUUGAAUUAUUGUUCACAGAAAAAACCCCAACAAAGCAGGACAGUGAAUUUUGAUACAGUUAUUUUCAAUGAAUGGUGACUUAUAAUUUCUCAUUUGUACUGUGAAAGUAAGGGUAGGGUAUAUUGUGUGCGAUUUUGGAGUCUAAUAUUUAGAUACUUAAUGUGUUGGUGUGCAUGGUCAUGACUCUAAUUUUAAGGAAACAAAAUUAUGUCAGAUUUUAAUCAGAUUGAUUAAAAAGGCUGCUGCUUGGUAUCAGAGAUAGUAUUAUAAUUUAUACAGUCAGAUUGGAUAAUUGUAUAUUAUUGUGUAAAACAUUUCAAGAUGAAUGAUUUAUAUAUAAUAUCCAUUUUACUGACAAUGCAUGGAAAUAAUUUAUACAGCCAUUGGGUUCAUUCUAUUAGAAUAAUGAACUGUUGUUUGUGUCAAAUGAUUUAAUAAAUUGUUUAAUGUAAAAACAAAUGUGUAUUCUUAAAUUAUGCUAGCUCUGUUGGCUCAAAGAAAUCAUUGUGAACAUUUAUAUGGGAACUUUGUUUUGCAGUGUUUUGAAUAAAAUUAAAUCCAUUGGAGCCUUUGAAGAUAAUACUGAUUUGGGUAUUCCUUUUAAUAUGGAAAUGCAAGUGCUUACUGUUUGUUAAAUCUUGUAUCAAAAGUUAAAGAGGCAUUAUGUGAGAGCUAAACUUGCCUAUUGCUGGGUAUGUUUCUGGCUUCAAAUGAUAUUUAGAUUAUUAUUUAGACAUUUGUUUACAUGUGAUGCCCAUAAUCAACUCUCUAAAACAUCAGAUUGCUUAAGCCGUGGACACAUUAGCUGAAUAAUUUUCACCCGAAUCAAUCGGUGCCGAAUUUUAUUUGGCCGAAUGGGUGGACACACGAGGCGAAUGCUUCACCCGAUUCAACAUUCGAUUGCAUCAUCUUUCACGUCACAUGAUUAAACAUGGCGACGUCCAUGUCUUCAAACAAUUACAUGACUUCUCGAUAUGAGAGGAUGAUGGGCUAAUGAAUUCUACAUUCAAGCGAGAUUGAUUCAGCCGAAGCAUGCGGCUAGUGUAUCCACUGCUUUAGAUACUGAGUGGUUUAGACAAUGUCUACCAUCUAUGUUAAAUGCUAAUAUGAUGCAGAUUGCCAAUCAAGACUUAGUUGAUUAUCAUGGCAAAGUUACUUGCAAUAUAUUCAUUUUUCAUUAUCUGUUUUUGAACUAUUAUAGCAAGAACAACCAAGUUUUGCAUAAUGUGUCUUUAAUUUGGUCACAGACUACUUUAACUCUUUGGUCGAAUAUAUUAUCUGUUACAUAUUAUCAUGUUAUUUUCAUAAAUGUAAAUAAAUCAGAUAAAAAAUGA